GGAAUCCAUUUCUCUCCAGCCCCCCUUCUCCUCUCCCUCUCCCCUCCUCUCCUCUUUCUUCUUCAUUUUUUUUUUUUUUUUGGAAAAUUAUUGAUUUUUUUUUUUUUUUUUUUGGUCCAUGGAAAAUUAUUGAUUGAGAAGAAGAGAAGGAAACGGAAGAGAUUUUUUCUUCUAUUUUUUGGGGGUUUUGAGGGAGAAAAGGGAAAAAAGGAAGCAUUUUGAGAUUCUGGGUUUUUAUUUUGGGGUUUGAUUGAUUAAUUUAUGGAGUUGGACAGCAUUGAGUGUGUGUCAUCUGUAGAUGGAAUCGAGGAGGAUGAGAUCCAUCACCACAAUCCCCACCAUCCUCUUCCUCAUCACCACCAUCAAUUCCCUACAUCCAAGACUUACAAUGCCACCAACGGUAUUUUGGGUCCGACGGCGAUUGCUCCGGCCACCAGCGUCCAUGAGCUGCUAGAAUGCCCCGUCUGCACCAAUUCCAUGUACCCACCAAUCCAUCAGUGCCAUAAUGGGCAUACACUUUGCUUUACCUGUAAAGCAAGGGUGCACAACCGCUGCCCGACUUGCAGACAGGAGCUUGGAGAUAUUAGGUGCUUAGCAUUGGAGAAGGUAGCCGAGUCACUUGAAUUGCCCUGCAAAUAUUACAAUUUGGGAUGUCCAGAGAUAUUCCCUUAUUACAGCAAACUCGAGCACGAGACAGUUUGCAACUACAGACCAUAUAAUUGCCCAUAUGCUGGAUCCGAGUGUGCUGUCGUUGGUGAUAUCCCUUUCCUGGUUUCCCAUCUGAGGGAUGAUCACAAGGUAGACAUGCAUAGUGGAUGCACUUUUAACCAUCGUUAUGUAAAAUCAAACCCCCGGGAAGUAGAGAAUGCAACUUGGAUGUUAACGGUCUUUCAUUGGUUUGGUCAGUAUUUCUGCCUUCACUUCGAAGCCUUCCAGCUAGGCAUGGCUCCUGUGUAUAUGGCAUUUCUUCGUUUUAUGGGUGAUGAGGCUGAAGCUCGGAACUAUAGCUACAGCCUUGAGGUUGGAGCAAAUGGCAGGAAACUUAUAUGGGAGGGAACCCCGCGAAGCAUCCGGGACAGCCACAGGAAAGUUAGGGACAGCCAUGAUGGUCUAAUCAUCCAGCGUAACAUGGCACUUUUCUUCUCUGGUGGGGAUAGGAAGGAGUUGAAGCUGAGAGUUACAGGAAGGAUAUGGAAGGAACAACAAAAUUCAGAUGCUGAUGUGUGCAUACCAAACUUGUGUAGUUGAGAGUUGAUUUUGAUGAUUUAUUUUAAUCUCUUCUUAAACGCUGUGUGUUGCAUCUCUGCCAAGUUUUUUCUGGUAUACCAUGACAGGUCGGCUUGAAAGUUUUCAGCUUCUGUUGCUUGUCUAAUAAUCAGAGUCUCUUCCCUAACUUUCCCUUUGUCAUUUUAGUUAGACACCUGAAUACAGCCCAUGAAUCCUU